CAGCCCCCCCGCCCCCGUUCACCACCCUCCCUCUGUGUCCGGCGUCCAGCAUGGACAUGGGAGCUGCAUGGCCCAGAGGACGAUGGAGUCCCCUGCUCUGGCUGCUGUGCUUGGUACUGCUUCCCCUGAAUACCGAGGCUGUGGCCACCCGGCAGCAGGUGGCCCCUGGCCUCUCACAAGCUUCAGGGAUGACAGGUGGCAGUCAGGGAGUGCUGGACAGUGGCGAGCUGGCGACCGGUGGGUCCCAGCACUCUGUAGGCGCGGCCCAGGGUCGGUUUGAAGGCCGGUGGGCGGGGCCAGCACCGGGGGCCACCCCGCAGGUCCUUUCUGGCUCCACCCAAGCAGGUAGCCCUGGAGAUGAUGUCAGCCGAGUGUGUGGGAAACGCAGGAUGGUUGGGAAGCUCUAUGGUGGCCAAGAUGCGCUGGCUGCCCAGUGGCCAUGGCAGGCCAGCCUGUUCUACCACAACGUGCACCUGUGUGGAGCCGUCCUCAUCGAUAGGCACUGGCUGCUUUCUGCUGCCCACUGCUUCCUGAACAAAUCACAGGUCCCCGGGGACUAUAAGAUUCUGCUGGGAACUACCCAGCUGUACCAGCCAAGCCAGCACACCCAGGAGAUAUCUGUAAGCAGGAUUUUCAUGCACCCAGAUUUUGAGAAGUUCCAUUCCUUCGGAAGUGACAUUGUCAUGGUGCAGCUGCACCUGCCUGUGAACUUCACAUCCUCCGUUGUUCCUGUCUGCCUGCCAUCCCCAGAGGUGCAGCUGUCCAGUCUCAAAUCCUGUUGGAUAACUGGCUGGGGAAUGCUCACCAAGAAGAAGCAUCUUUCGCCACCAUUCAAUCUCCAGGAGAGUGAGGUGGGCAUCAUUGAGAACACGUUCUGUAACUUCUUAUAUGGGCAGAGAAUCGACUCAAACAAAUAUGGUGUACAUGAAGAGAUGCUUUGUGCGGGAAACUUCUCGAAAGCAAAGUCCAUCUGCAAUGGUGAUUCUGGGAGUCCUCUUGUUUGCUACCUUACCAAUGCCUGGGUACUGGUUGGAUUGGCCAGCUGGGGCUUGGACUGCCAGCACCCCAUCUAUCCCAGCGUCUUCACCAGGGUCUCCUACUUCAUUGACUGGAUUAAUGGAAUCAAAAGCCUCACUCGUUCACCAGAACUUACAUCUACUCUGUCUUACACCAGCUCAUCUUUACCUGUGAGGGCAGCUGAUUCGUCUGGACCUCACACAGCCUUCAGGCCUGCACAUCCCUGGCUUCUGCUGCCAUUCAUCUUCCAGAGCGCCCUGAACUGACCUUGUAGCAUUCAACACCUUUCAUCCUAUGUAUCAGUGUCCAUGUUUGAAACUACCUAUUUCUGUAAAUGGUUCCUUGUCGUUGGCCUUUCUGCACACCCUGACUAGACUUGGCAGGAUCAGACCCAAUAAAACAGCUGUCCUGCUCUUGUUCGGGA